UUUCAAAAGGCCAACCCUAACCGGGCGAAAAAGACGAAAGAGAUCAAAAAAUGGCUUCUUCCUGCAACAUCCGAUUCGUUCACUGCUGAUUGAUUCUAUAGCAGCAGCUUCUUCUAUUCCAGCUGCCUAUUCAAUAGCAAUUGAUCGGAAAGGAAGGUCAGGGAGGAGCAAACAGGAUUUAUACCGAUAAUCGUGUUGAAUUGAAUGUGCCAAAAUUCUCUGCUAAAGAUUGUUUUCUGUUGGCUUAUCUGCUGUUCCCAAUCUUGCAAUUUCCCAAUUCAUCCACCAAAUCCGUAACAAGUUCCCUCCGAAUUUGACCUUCCUUCAAAGAUUCAACUUUCUGAACAUUUCGAUGAGUCAAGUGUGUACAUCUUUGCUUUCGUACCAGGCACAGCUUUCAAGUUGUGUAAAAAGGCAGAGUUUCAACUUCAAGCUUCAUAUGAUACCCAAUAAAGCCAUCGGCUUUCGCAGUAUGCCGAAACGUUGUUCCUUUGUCCAAUCAUUCAAAGCACAUAUGCCAUGCCGAGAAAAUCAUGGUGCUUAUGAUCUUUCAGCAUCAAAUUCCUUUCAGAGGUCUAAAGCAUUGUUUGGCCACUCAGAUGAGCCUUGGGAUGGUGAUAAAGAUUUUGAGAGACAGUUGCAGGAGUUAUUUGAUGAAGUUAAAACUGUGAUUAAGAUGGGCAACAAAAAUGAUGCUGUAGACCUACUUCAAGCGAAUUUUGAAGCUGUUAAGGAACAAAUGAGUGCAGGUGAUAAAGGCAUGGAAGAAGCUGCUAUUCUUGAUGUUAUAGCUUUGGGGUACAUGGCUAUUGGAGACUUUGAGAUUGUUGAAUCCAUACUGGAUAUGUUAAGUGAGAUUGUCGAUUGUCUUGAAGAUGACGAACUCCUACUGGAUUCAGUUCUUAUCCACAUGGCAAGCAUGUAUUCAACUUUGGGGAAUUUGGAGAAAUCCAUGCUUAUGUAUCAAAGGGUUACAAACAUUCUAGAGAGAAAAUACGGGAAAAAUAGUACUUUUCUAGUUACUCCACUCAUGGGGAUAGCGAAGGUUCUGGGUUCUACUGGAAGAGCCAUAAAAGCUGAGGAAAUGUACCAUCGUACCAUAACUAUUAUGGAAUCAAACAGAGGUGUUGAAAGUGAAGAUUUGGUGGUACCUCUGUAUGGGCUUGGCAAUCUUCUGAUAAAGGAAGGAAAAACCAUGGAUGCAGAAAGUCCUUUUAUCAGAAUACUAAACAUUUAUACGAAGUUGUACGGAGAAAAUGAUGGAAGAGUUGGGAUGGCUAUGUGCUCCCUAGCGCAUGCAAAAUGUGCUAAAGGGAAGGCAGAUGAAGCCAUAGUCUUGUAUCAAAGAGCGAUUCAGGUCAUCAUGGACUCCAAUUAUAUGGCUUUAGAUGACAGCGCUAUGGAGAAAAUGAGGAUAGAUUUGGCAGAAUUACUUCAUGCUGUUGGAAGGGUAAAAGAAGGCCGGAAGCUACUGGAGGAAUGCUUGUUGAUCAUGGAGCAGUAUAAAGGGAAAGGGCACCCCAACUUAGUUACACCCCUUCUUAAUCUUGCCACCUCCUACUCACAAUCAAGAAACUUUGUCGAGGCUGAGCGCUUGCUGAGGACGAGUUUGGAUAUUAUGACAAGAAAUGUGGGACCUGAUGAUCAGUCCAUCUCAUUCCCAAUGUUAAGUCUGGCAGUCAAUCUAUUUCAUCUAAAUCGGAAUGAGGAGGCUGAGCAACUCGCACUAGAGGUUUUGCGCAUUCGUGAGGAGGCAUUCGGAAAAGAUUCUCUACCUGUUGGGGAGGCUCUGGACUGUCUAGCAUCAAUUAAAACCAGAUUAGGGAGAGACGACGAUGAGUUACUGGCUCUGCUCAAAAGGGUUUUGAGGAUCCAAGAGAGAGAGUUUGGCCGUGACGGUGAGGAGGUAAUGGAAACCAUUAAAAAAGUUGUAUUUUACUUGGACAAAUUAGGCAGAAAAGAUGAAAAACUUCCGCUGCAGAGGAGAUUGUCUAUGCUUAGAAUGAAACACAAGCAGAAGGUUCAUUACUGAUGGUUAGCUGUGAUUUUUGUCUUCUAUGCGCCGUCUCCUAUGUACCAUAGGUUCCUCUUGCCCUUCAGAGCAUCCCUGAUUCGAAUUCUAUAUACCAUUCCUAUGCCUAUAUCGGCACCGACUGCUGAGCGUGUUUUGAUAAAGAUGAAGAAGCAAUCUUCAUUGCAGGAUGAUCAAAACUUCAAAUAAUGAUAAGGAAGAGCAACGAAAACCAUUAUAGAAA